UCUCACCGGCGGUGUCUGGGCUCCGGGUCCCGACUGUGAGAUCGCUGAGCUGCGCAGGGCCCCGCCCCGGGCUCCAUUGUUGAGGCAGCGGACGCUCCGCGGGCUGCGCUCCUCUCGGCCGUCCAGCGUUCACAAGCCACUGAAUCCUGAGCAAUGGAAGAGUUAAUAGUUGAACUCCGCCUCUUUCUGGAGCUCCUGGACCAUGAGUACCUCACAUCAACUGUCAGAGAGAAAAAGGCUGUGCUCACCAACAUCCUGCUGCGACUGCAGUCAUCCAAGGGCUUUGAAGUGAAGGACCAUGCUCAGAAGGCAGAGGCCAGCAACCUGCCGGCGCCACCCCAGAUGCCUCUGCCCGAGGUUCCUCAGCCGUGGCUGCCUCCCGACAGCGGGCCUCCGCCUUUACCGACGUCCUCUCUCCCAGAGGGUUACUAUGAGGAAGCCGUGCCGCUGAGCCCUGGGAAAGCUCCAGAGUACAUCACCUCAAAUUAUGACUCUGAGGCCAUGAGCAGUUCCUAUGAGUCAUACGAUGAAGAGGAAGAGGACGGGAAGGGGAAGAAAACUCGGCAUCAGUGGCCGUCAGAGGAGGCCUCUAUGGACCUGGUGAAAGAUGCCAGGAUCUGUGCCUUCCUGCUGCGCAAGAAACGCUUUGGCCAGUGGACCAAGCUGCUCUGCGUCAUCAAAGACACCAAGCUGCUGUGCUAUAAAAGUUCCAAGGACCAGCAGCCUCAGAUGGAGCUGCCGCUGCAGGGCUGCAGUAUCACGUACAUCCCGAGAGACAGCAAGAAGAAGAAACACGAGCUGAAAAUCACCCAGCAAGGCACAGACCCUCUGGUUCUCGCCGUCCAGAGCAAGGAACAGGCUGAGCAGUGGUUGAAGGUAAUCAAAGAAGCCUACAGUGGCUGCAGCGGGCCCGUGGAUCCGGAAUGUUCUCCACCGCCCAGUGCCAGCGCCCCCGUGAACAAGGCAGAACUGGAGAAGAAAUUGUCUUCAGAGAGGCCCAGCUCUGAUGGAGAAGGUGGUGUGGAAAAUGGAGUCACCACAUGUAAUGGAAAAGAACAAGCGAAGAGGAAGAAACCCUCCAAGUCAGAGGCCAAGGGGACUGUGUCCAAGGUCACUGGGAAGAAAAUCACCAAGAUCAUCGGUCUGGGAAAGAAGAAGCCGUCCACAGAUGAGCAGACGUCAUCAGCAGAGGAGGAUGUGCCCACUUGUGGCUACCUGAAUGUGCUCUCUAACAGCCGCUGGCGGGAGCGCUGGUGCAGAGUGAAGGACAGCAAGCUUAUUCUCCACAAGGACAGGGCUGACCUGAAGACCCACAUCGUCUCCAUCCCCCUCCGUGGCUGCGAGGUGAUCCCGGGCCUAGAUUCUAAGCACCCGUUGACCUUCCGGCUGCUUCGAAACGGACAGGAGGUGGCUGUCCUAGAGGCAUCAUCGUCUGAAGACAUGGGCAGGUGGAUUGGCAUCUUGCUGGCUGAGACGGGAUCCUCCACGGACCCGGGAGCGCUGCACUACGACUACAUAGAUGUGGAGAUGUCAGCAAAUGUCAUCCAGACGGCGAAACAGACAUUCUGCUUUAUGAACAGGCGUGCAGUGUCCACUAGCCCAUACCUGGGGAGUCUCUCCAAUGGCUACGCCCAUCCCAGUGGGACAGCACUACACUAUGAUGACGUACCCUGUGUCAACGGCUCGUGGGACAUGGAUGGCGGCUUUCCUGGCUGUGGGAGCAGAGGCCCAGUGGAAGAGGUGCUUUAUGAUAACGCGGGCCUCUACGAUAACUUGCCAUCGCCGACAAUCUUUGCUCGCUCCUCUCCUGCUGACCGGAGGGCGUCUCGGCCACCCACUGACAGGCUGUCCUCUAACCACUACAAAUCCCCCGCCUCCUGCAGCCCACCCUGCUCCCCAUCUGUCACUAACACCUCUUCUGUGGGGAGGGCGUCUCUCGGGCUGCACUCCCAGUUGAAGAGCAAAAAGCCUCCAGCGUCAUCUAAUGGGGUUCCUGUAAAGGGGAAGGCUCCCAGCAGUCAGCAAAAAAAGGUGGAAUCUGCAGGUGGUGUGAAACGGACAGCAUCAAAUGCUGAGCAGUACAAAUAUGGGAAGAAUCGGGUAGAAGCAGACGCCAAGCGGUUACAGUCCAAAGAGGAAGAGCUGCUGAAGAGGAAAGAGACCCUGCGGAACAGGCUGGCACAGCUGCGGAAAGAGAGGAAGGACCUGAGGGCCGCCAUCGAAGUGAAUGCAGGCAGGAAGACCCAGGCAGCCCUGGAGGACAAGUUGAAGAGGCUGGAGGAAGAGUGCAAGCAGAGGGAGGCGGAGCGCGUCAGCCUGGAGCUAGAGCUGACCGAGGUCAAGGAGAGCCUGAAGAAGGCCUUGGCGGGUGGCGUCACCCUAGGACUGGCCAUCGAGCCCAGGUCAGGGACAUCCAGUCCACAGUCUCCUGUGUUUCGGCAUCGGACUCUGGAAAAUUCUCCCAUCUCCAGCUGUGAUACAAGCGACGCUGAGGGGCCUUUGCCUGUGAACAGUGCAGCCGUCCUGAAGAAGAGCCAGCCGUCCUCAGGCAACUCCCCUUGCCGUGGCCACGUGCUGCAGAAGGCCAAGGAGUGGGAGCUGAAGAAUGGGACAUAGAGGGAGCCCAGCCACGCCCAUAGACUGUGUACUGCCACCAGCCUCCCGUGUGACACGUGUGCCUCCCAGAGUGGCCUGAACAUAACUGCAGAAGUUUGGACGAGUCCGACGCUGGCUUGCGUGCACGCUUUCUACUGUAUGACGGUGCCCUUUAGGAAAGUUUACUUUAAAACUUUGGUGUCCAAAUUUACUUGUUAAGAAGCAGAAACGAAAGGGGUUGACAAGCAGGUGGGACGGUUCUGGGGAACCUCAGCUCAGCCCCAGCCUGCAGCCCGUGGACGGUGUGCCCCUGUGAGACAGGGUGGCCCGAGCCUUCCCCGUGUGCGGUCAGAGCUGCAUACCUCACCCUGUUUGCCAGAGGGUCCUGCUCUGCAGCAGCAGCGCGAGCUCCCAUGUCUCUGCACACCCCUCCCCCUCCCGCCUGUCCCCUGUCACUGGAGGUGAAGCCAUGAGAAAUAGGGCUGUGAAGAGUCCGUUUUGGUUUUGGACAAAAAUCUUUUGUCACCAGGAUAGAGACGUUGCCAUUCUUUUUUGCCAGAGUUUUUUCAUGUUUGCUUUUAAAGAAAAUGCCUCCCCACCCCCACUUUUUUUUUUUUUCAUCAUGUGCUAUGCUUAGAUGUUAGGGACUUUCUGAGACCCUGUUUCCUCCCAGUUUAUGAUGUACUUUGAGAGUCAGCACAGAGCUUUCAGUCGUUGGGUAGCAUGUGCCCCUUUCUCCUGGCCUGGGAUCCCAGCUUCCUGGGUCGCUGGGCAGGAGCUCCUCAGCCCAGGAAGCACGCUGGCCACCAUCUGCCUGUGGAUUUAACAGAGUGGGGUCUAGAACCUAGAGUUUAACCUGGACCGUCUUUGAACAGAGACGGUCCAGUUUACAGUUGAAGCCGUGCAUCACCUGUGCGUUCCCAUGCUGAGGUUCGGAUUGCGUGGGCCCCUCCCACUCUCCUGCUGGCCCCUGUGCACUUCGUAGGACAGUUCAACCACUUAGAAUGUGCUGUCUACAGCUCAUGGGGCUAGCCUCUACCCUAGGGGCUUGAGGUCAAACUGGCAUUUUGGGCUUCCCGGGUACAGCCCAAACCUUUCCACCAUGGGGAGAUGCAGGCAGUGACCUGGAAGUUAGGCAUCUCUGCAGACUUGUGCAGGACCAGUUAUACACGGGUGAGAGCCUGGUGAUGCUGUGCCAGAGGCAAGCCUUCCCAUCACAGCCCAGAAUGUCCUUAGCACACACAGGAGGAGUCUCCCCGGCUCUCUGUAGUGGUGCCUUUAGGGCCUUCUCUGGGCAGCCUUCAUGGCCACGAUUGAUGCUCUGUGCUUGAGUCCUGCAGCAGCUGCCUUGGAGUCACCAGAGAGCAGCAAGGUGGUCACCAGGGUACAGGGACAUCACAGUGUACAUGGAAGCUGCUUAGCUGAAGGUCUGUCCCAGACUAGCCCAGUGUAAGACACUUGCCAGCUGUCUAAUGGUGCUCUGCUCUAGUGCCUUCCUCCAAAGGGCAGUUAGGAUUCCUCACACCAGCAUCUGUGUGGGUUAGUCUCUGCCAGGAAACUGUGCAGAAGGACCAGGAUGAAGGAUACAGCCUCCACACACGCCAGCCUGCCUGCUCAUGGAGCCCCUUGGGUCAUCACAGGGAACUGUGACCAUUCCGGGUCAUCACAGGGAACUGUGACCAUUCCAUGCUCUGAAAGGGAAGAGACGCUAAUGUGCCGUAGCCUUCCGCUGCCUGGGGUCUCAGAGCAGUGCUUUUGGCCGCUCUGAUAGCCAGGAAAGCUGUUCCAGGCUCUGAUUGUUACCAAAACAAGGAGAAAAUGUCCAAUUUAACAGCCAGUCCUGGCCAGCAUAGAGGGACACAGUGAAGUAUCAUGUCCAGCGAGUAAGCCUCAGAUGAGUUUGUCCUGAUGAAGACACAGCAGGCUCUAGGCUCCUGAUGUCCCUAAUUUGUGCUGGAAAACCCAGCCUUGUCAUCCAUUCAACUGUGGUGGAUCCUGUAAGUUCCUCAGCGCCAUAUAAAGUAGGUCCCGGGGAAGGUCAGGCUCCCAACACAGGGCUCUAAUGUCCUGGGCUCCCAUUAAUAUUCUUAGAUUUGGUCAGAAAGCUAGUUGAAAAAAUAAGUUAUUUAUUUGUACAUGUUCAAUAAAUAGAGUUUUAAUUUAUAUAUGUACAUAUUGGACACCCAUGAUCCUGUCAGGAUUCUCAGUGUUCUCAUUCUAUGACCCUCCCAAAGCCACUAGCAUGACCCCAGCCAUUGAUGGCACAGGUUUGCUUUGUGAAGAGACAGGUAGGCAGAGGGCUGAACCCUUUCUGUGAGCAAUCAGGUCCUUGGGACCAUGGGAGUUGCUCCCCCUCUUGGGGCCUCUCUUUGUCUGAGGCCACAAUGUUUCUUGGGGGAUCUACUUUUUGUUACAAUUUGGCAAGAUGUCAUCAGCUUUCAUAAACCCCUCUACUUUUUUUUUUUUUUUNUCAAGACAGGGUUUCUCUGUGUAGUUCCGGCUGUCCUGGAAC